AUGGCGUCCGGCGGAGUCCGCGGGCCGACGCCGCGCUGGGGACUGACACUCGGCGGCGCUGCGCUGAUCCUGCUGCUCCUCCCGGCGGCCGCCGCGCAGGGUGAGGGUUGUUCUCAGAACACAAGCAGAACCUGUGAAGAGUGCCUGAAAAAUGUCUCGUGCCUUUGGUGCAACACGAACAAGAUGUGCCUGGACUACCCAGUGACCAAAAUCCUGCCGCCCAGCUCCCUCUGCCGGCUGAGCUCUGCACGCUGGGGCGUGUGCUGGGUGAACUUUGAGGCCUUGAUCAUCGCCAUGUCAGUGAUCGGGGGCUCCCUGCUCCUGGGGGUUGCCAUCUGCUGCUUCUGCUGCUGCAGGAGGAGCCGGAGCCGACGGCCGGACAAGAGCGAGGAGAAGGCCAUCCGGGAGCGAGAGGAGCGCCGGGUCCGGCAGGAGGAGCGGAGAGCGGAGAUGAAGUUGAGACAUGAUGAAAUCAGGAAAAAAUAUGGUUUGUUUAAAGAAGAAAACCCAUAUGCCAGAUUCGAAAACAACUAA